GGCAUGCAGAGCCCCUCUUCCUUCCUCACCACUCACGGCAGCCAGAGGGGACGGAAGAUUCCCAAACUCCUCCCUGCCGCUGAGGCUCAGGGCGCCUCUGCGGAUGAAGUGGGCUGCACCAGCCAUCCCUGUGCCCUCGUGCAGAUUCCCAAGCUCUCUGAAGACCCGCCAAGCCACACGUCAAGAUGUUCCUCUUUGCACGCAAGACCAAGACGCCCAUCAGCACCUACACGGACUCCUACAGGCCGCCAAACAGCAUGAGGAAGACCUUUGAGGAGGCGCCCGUGACCCUGUGGAGUGAGAACAAGUUUUUAACGCAGGGCUUGACUGUGCCCAGAGUGGAGAGUCGGGUCGACCAAGCCCACCUGGAGAAGAUGGUGAAGAGGGCAGUGCAGGAAUACUCGUAUAAGAACACGAUGGAGCCGUCGGCUUACCGGCCAUACAAGUACUGGGUGACCAGGGAAGAAGAGAAGUUCAACCCGGUCUUCUGUGGCGAUGACAGGUACGCAACGUGGAGGACAGGGCCCUACAACAGCGCGGCAUGGAACAGAUAUACCACCUACCUUCCACGGAUCCCCAGGGAGGCCGGGAUGGAGUCCAUACUUCGUGGGAUGCCCAUGCAGUAUCCUCCAAAACCUGAACGUCUCAACAAUUAUGAACGAGAAGUUGUGGUUAACAUGCUGAACAGCUUGUCUCGGAAGCAGCUCCCAGCUAUCCAGCACCAGUACAGUAUCCCGGGCAGGAUGCCGUACCAGGGCUACUAUAGCCCCUGCAGCGGGCGCCAUUACUGCUUGCGAGGGAUGGACUACUACGUGGAUGGAGCACCCACCAACGAGCGGCAGAUCAGCCAACUAGUUGAGAAGAUUGUAAGGAAUUUCCCGUUAUACGACCACCACCAAGAGAUGAUGCUCUGUGCUCCUUUGCCCAGCCUGCUGCCAUCUUUCCCGUAUAUGAACCUUAGGUGGGAUACGAGUCAUUUCAAGAGGACUGGAGGGCCACUGAGGGACAGCUAUAUAAUACAUCCUGAGUUUGUUUCGGAAUCCCACCCCAUGCCACCGUGUUGGUAGUAGAAAGUGGAGACAGGUUGCCAUUAAAGUGCCGCUGGUGACUAA